UGACCUGAGGCCCCUUGGAGACGAGGCCGUGCUCAUGGAUUACUGCAGACGACGCGUGGCUCCCAGCGGACUGCAGGCCCAUAUGCUGCACUGCUUGUUUGUCCAGCGCCAGGAUCAGGGACACUGUUCAACACGCUGGGCUGUAGCAGGAAUAAUCCACUGCAGUGGUUCUCCUACUACGAUUGUUUUCCUUCCUCUUAAAGAGGGAAAGCGGUUUCCAGAAUUCCUGGCCUCCAAUACUCUCUCAGGCUCCUGCUGUAUUAGUGGAGACACAUCGACUGUGAAUGAAGUUAAAAAGUGCCUCAAAGAGGGUGAAGCGAAAUCAGCAAAGGCCACGAAGAAAAUAUGCAGCCGACAAAUAGCAGGGCCUCAAACGGGACAAAAAGACGACGGACAGCAAGCGACGGACGUCACUGUACUGUUUUUCAAGCAGGAUGACGGACAACAUCCUACAGCAGCUGCAGUCGAUCAACGGGCGUUUGCAGCUUCUGCUCCAAACUCUGGCAGCUCUUCCAUGAAAACAUCAGAUUCAUCAGAAUUCGAGACGCAGAGAAAUGCUGCGGGUCAAAUGAAUGAACAUUUGAACUUGGACGAUGAGCCGAGUUUGCAAAGAAGUCCUCGGGAACAACUUUCUGUAAAAUCUGCAUCCAGAGUUGAUAAUGAUGAUGAUGAUGAUGAUGGAUUUUAUGGAAAUAGGCAGAGCUUAGUAUCCAGACAGAAGAAGGAAGCCACAGCGAGGCAGCUUUAUAACCUGAGGCCUGCUUGGGAUAAUAAUAAAGGAUUCAAUAAGAAAAUCACUCAACGGGCAGAACUUCGACCCCCAGAGGGAGAAAGUGAAAAACUGGGCUUGCGUCAAAAUACAAUCAAACAUGGAAGUGAGAAAACACCAGCAAACGUCCUAAAACUAGACCUUGCUGAGGAAGGAGCAGACGGCCUCAUCAGUGUAUUCCUUCCAGACACACAGAUGGAAACACAAACAGAUCCAGCAUCUGCAGGAGCACUCACACCGAGCACAGAUACAGGAAGGGAGGCAGCAAAGGAGCCGAGCGGACGCCGACCCGUGGUGCGUUUCCAAGAAAUAAAAUACAUUUUAUUAGAAAUGAAUGUGAUUGAAAAUACUCGGGUUACAGAUAUAAAAUCAGACAAAAGUUCCACUCAAACAGUGGAAGACGUCAAAACAACAACUGAGAACACAGAGGCAAACAGUGCAGCACAUGGAAAUAUAAGGAUAAAUCACAUUAAGGAGGAAAAAGAAUCUGUAAUACCUGCGCCUCCCUUAGUCAAACUGUUCAAACCACAAACGGUGAAAGGAGAUCAGGCAGCUGCACUAAACAUGGACAGAAAAGAGCCCACGUCACGUACGGACGCCUUCAAUCAAAGCAGCAAAUGGAAAGCUGAGGGACCGCCAGGAACAGAGGAGACCUCCACCAGCACACCGAGUCCAGAGCCCGGGACCGACGCGGAGCCCAGAUGUGUCAAAUGCAAAACGAGGACGGCCGCGUCCACGGCCGGAAAGUCUCUGGCCGGCCUCAGGAUGAGAGAAGACGUCCUGGAGCAUUUAAUGAAGCUGCACAGAAGCGCAGCGGAGGACGCAGACGCAGCGCAGCCGACAAACAGGCCCGGAAAUGGCAGAAGAGAAGACGAUCCAGGAGGGAACUCAUUAAAAUGUUCCAAGCCCUCAGAACCGGGCCACGGACGAGCUGCGGCCUCGGAUGAGCCGGCGUGCAGGGGUCUGAUCCACCGCACGGCAGCCGGGUGGAAACACUGCGAGGAGAGGCUCAGGGCAGCGACCGCAGGGCAGCGAGGGAGGCCGUCCACGGGGGCCCCCGAGGGCCCCCGGCCCUCAGGGGCCGAGCAGGAGCGCGUCCAUUACUCCGACGGCCGACUGAGGCGCGUCCAAAGCCAUUUCUACCCCCGUCCUGGAAGGCGGAGCAGCGCCGGACAGCGGGGCGCCCCAGGAAACCUCCUCAGUUACGUCCAGCGCCUCGUCUCCGAGAACAAACCAUCAGGAAGAUGAUGGAAAACCGACGAGGACCACGUUCAUGACUCACCUGUCGCCACAUUAAAACCAAUGCUGGGAGCAGCGUUAUGACCAGCAGCGUUUCUAACGCUGCUGUGUGAGAGAGCUGUCAGGUCAAAUAAUAACAAUACGUACACAUAACUGUCUAGUUCUGCAUAAUUUAUAAUAUUGAUCAGAUUAUUCCUCACUUUAUUGUUCAUCAUCACUGGUAAAUCAUCUACACUUUUAAUCUAACUUACUUUCUUGCUAUUUUAUUUGAUCCAUCUUUACUCAUUUUUAUUAACCAAUUAAAAUUA